UUCUGUUAAAUAAGCAAGGAGGCUCUCCAAUUACAAAGGCCACACAACUUCCACUGCCAAAAGGGCAAACAAUAGCCUAUCAUUUCCACGAAUGCUAAAAUGUUCAUAGGGACAAACAAAAACAAACAGUUUCAAUUUGAACGCCACCGGGAAGACAACAUCAAGUCAUGCACUAUCCAAACGAUUUCGCCUACUUCAAGAGAACUAACUUUAAUCACCCCCGAGGGCUGCAAGUUUUCAAGGACACUCCUAUCCACAUGCCAUCAACUAGACAAUUUGAAAUAAGAUUGACUCAACGCCUUCUGAAAUUCUGUCAAAACACUAUUCAUGGGGUAAAUCACAUAUGGGAACCUCGUACCCGACCAGCUGUGCGGGUAUUUUGGUGUUUGAUUGUCACCGCAGCCCUGGUUGGUUGCAUAAUUCUCUACAACACCGUUACCCAACGUCAUCGUGAGGGAAUUCUAGUCACGGUCGUUGAGACAUCACAUCUACCCAUACAAACCAUACAUUUCCCGGCAGUGGCUGUCUGUCCUGUCUACCGCAUCAAUUGGAUGCGUUACAAGGCGGCUGAAGAGCGUUUUCUGCCACGCUAUGCAGCCAAAGAGGCCAACAGUGCAUUUUAUCAUCUUCUCAUGCUGCUGGAGCGUAUGACAUUCACAAGGCUUAACCUCAUCGCAGAAUUUUUAGAGGUCAAGAGAGUACCGAGAUCUGUUCGAAAUAUUGAACUGUCAGAGGUGGCGAAAUUUAUGUCGCUGCGCUGCGAUGCGAUUUUCAGUUGGUGUAUUUUCGAUAAAACCCAAAUGGAUUGUUGUAAAAUUUUUGUACCCGAAAUUACCAGCAGGGGUGUGUGCUUGGUAUUUAAUUCCGUUAUAUCCAAGGAGUCGAGUAUAAAAAAGCUCACGGAUAGCUUCUACCCCUGGAGAUCUCGAUCGAGCGGUGAGGGUUCUGGUUUGUCAUUUGGACUACACUAUAAUCGGAGCCUGAUGCGGCCAGGAAGUCAGAAUCCUUUUGUUUUCACUCUUCUAAUAAAAGAUGAUGACGAGUGGAGUGACACGUUAUUUCAUAUCAUUCAAAAAAAUACCCACAACAGUUUUAUGGUAACUCCAACAAUUACCGAGACUGCGAGGAGCACUCGUCACCUAGAUCCUGCAAAGCGCAAAUGUGUAUUUUCGGAUGAAAUAUCAACGAAAUACGAUCACAUUGAGGGUUUGGAAUUUAAAAAAAUUAAUUGCUUGAUUCGAUGCGAGCAGAGAUAUUUAAUAGAAGCCUGUAACUGUACAAUGUCAAUGUUCUUUCCAGAAAUAUCUUCACAACCGGAAUGCAAGGUGUCCGAUUUAAGGUGUAUUUACGAGAAUUGGGAUAUUUUCACUUACCUGAAGGAACCUCUACAGGAUGAGUACAUGAAUGACACCCGGCGUGGCAUGACUUGUGAUUGUGUUGAUGGCUGUAAGUCGUUGUUGUAUUUGGUGGAACUUAAUGUUAUAGGAUUACCCAAUGCUAAUGACAGCCUACCGGAAAUAUCGGCCGAAAUUUAUUUUGCCAAAAAUACUCUAACCAAAUAUGCAGCACGUCUCCAGUAUACCUACUUGGAUCUGAUAUCGAAUUUUGGUGGCAUUUUGACAUUAUUUUUGGGUGCAUCAAUAUUGAGUUUUGUGGAAAUAGGUUAUGCCAUUGUUAGAGAACUUUUCAUAUUUUCUUUGUAUAAAUUGACAACACGAAAGAAGAAACGACGUAUACAUGUUGUGAAAAGUAAUAGACCUCCAACUCCUUAUUCAAAAAUGUCCAAGUGA